UGUCAGUCAGAUAUUCAGUUCAGCAAAAAGAACACAUCAAACCGAAAAUGCCAGAUGAAGAACUCCUAAUCGCACCCGAGGUGGACGAGAAUCUGUCCGCAGAGGAACGUCUAAAGGUGGACAAGCAUUUCGAACUGGAAAUAACCCGACUCCAGAGACAGUAUCUGAAUGUAGCGAAUUUCCCAACGGCUUCCAAGGAUGUACAUGUUAUGCGAUGUCUGGACAAAAAGCACAAGUAUCUAAAGCAUGAAAAGAAGGAACUAGAAACAGAUCUGAAGGUGGCGUAUGCCACUUGUCACGUCAAAAGAUACGAUCAACAGGUACAGUAUCUGGAGUCACAGGUCCGUAUCCAGCGUGACCUGGAUCAGCAAACAGACGAAGUUCAAACGCAAAUACGACAUUUGGAAUCGCAAAUGAAACGGUUAGGAAAGGAACGAAAAGACCUGCAGAAGGUAUCCCAGUCGGAUUAUUUUUACUACAAUCGAGUUUCUAAGGCCAAGAAAAGACUUGAGACGUUAGAGGAUCAACUGUAUCACAAUAACAAAAUUGAAGCGACUAUCGUCACGAAGAAUCAUAAAUUGAAACAGUUGAUCAAAAGUAUGCUCAUCAUGAGGAAACUUUUUCAUCAACAGUGGAAGAGAAUGAUCGAUCAACUGGCGUACGAUAAAAAGUUUCUGAUUGACAUGAUUGAAAGGACAAUUUUGGCAUUUAACCAGGGCGAAGAUCUGUGCCACAAAAUCGAUUCGCUCAAAAGUCACGCUGCGAGAGAGGAAAAGGCUCAAAGGCAAGAAAUGCUGGAACUUCAGAGAAGAAUUCAGAACGAUACAAGGAAUCAUGAAUUUCUGCGAAUCAAGGGAUUUCAUCGGGAUAUGUGUGAUUUGGAUCCAAGCGAGGUACGCCGAAGAAAUAAGAUGAAGUCUGACUACAGCAGAAAGCUUGAGAUCUAUGGAAAGAUAAUCGAGAAAACUAAAAUGUUUUGUGGAGUAGAAGAUAUAGAGCAGUUAAUUGGGAAAUAUCAGAAACAGGAGGACACGUUCUUUGCCCAUUUCAACUAUUUAAACGAGUUAACUUUCCAGUAUGAACAGCUGAACUGCACUCUGACGGAGCUUAAUGACAAAGUGGAUGAUUUAAAGGAACAAAAGCUGCGAAAAGAAGUGCAACAAGAGAGAACUGUUAAUGAUCUUAACGAACGGAAAAUCAAAGAGUGUGAAAAAACUCAAAAAUUAGCUAAAUCUGUAAAAGAAGACGAAGAACAUCUUUCAACGCAGUUUGAAGAAAUAGACGACAUCCUGGAAAUUGUUGGGUACGAUCGAACAGACAUUGGCAAACUCUUGGGCGAUCAUGGAAAGGUAACUAAACAAAAUGUGAAACGGUUCCUGGCCGCCUUGGAGGUAAAGCUGAACGAUGUACUGGCACGUGUUUACACACAUCCGAAAACUCGCGAUGAUCCAAAGCUAAAGAGACCGAUUAUCCGGGAACGCAAGGAAAUCGUUCACGUUGAAAACAUUGUAACAACGCAACAGUGCGCCGAGUGUGCGGAGGGACAGGAUGUCAACAAAUACGACGAAGCUAUCAUUCUGCCCAAGGAGAAGAGUGAAUUUAAGGAAGGAGUGAGAAAGAAGGUUGUUGCUCCGGAGAUGCAGUAUCGAAUGCACAAUUUGAGCAAGUGCAAACUACCACGCUCGAGAAUUUUGGUUAACAAAAGAUACCAGUGAAUUUAAAAGGCGUAGGUCGCUGAAAUUUUAUUUUUAUCCGGAGUUUUAUUAGAGAGAACAUUCAAAUUCAACAAA